UUUUCUUUUUCUUUUUCUUUUUCUUUCUUUUUCUAUCUCCAUUUUAGAUCGCGGGGGUUGGGGAUGAAGAUAGAGAGGUGAUUGCUUUUCUUUUUGGGGGUAUUGUGGCUGGCGCUAUGCUAUAUGCAUAUAUAGGAAGGGCAUUUUGAACCGGUGUUAUUUGGGGUUUUGGUUUCAUGGUUUGGUUAAUUAAAGAAUAUUUUACAUUGUUUUAUCAUAAAUCCGGGGGUUAACAGAGGGUGCUCAAACUACGCGGAUCCAGCUGCGUGUGUGGUCCUGCGGCAGCUGGACCCUGACAUACCAAGUCGUCCCUGGUCACUCUGGCUGCCGAUUGCUAAGACCGCGAUGGGGACAUGGGUUCCUUGGGUCUCUGGGAACAAGAACAAAAAACGUCAUCAUCAAUUUGACACUAACAAUAGCUGGCUGCUCGGGCGGGUAGGUUGAUGCGAGAGUCGUCGUUCGGAUACGGGACUACGGAGCUAUGCAACUACGCAGUACUACUGUGUAGAUAUGGGGGUUUGCAAUGCUGCAUUCACGAUUAGCUUCUUAUGUAUCUACGGAGGUUGGUGUGGAAUAAGUGGUUAUACAAUCCUUACUGUUUAGCUGUUUAGAAGUGGCACCUGUUGUGCCUAUUGCUCAGCUGGCUGGGCACUACUGAGGGCCUAUUCUUUAGGGCCUCAGCCCCUAAACAUUGAAGGUGCGGGCCGGCACAAUUUGAAUCUGGUACUGUACUGGAAUUUCAAUAUAAAUUUCUACCAUGUGCAAGUACUUAUGUUUCCACACCUCCGUACCUAGGGUCCCAAAUCUCUCUAUUUUGUUAGUUAUGGCAGUACUUUAUUUUCUACAGAACACUGAAUUUGAGCAUUUCAACUACCUUAGAGGACUUACACAGUAACGUAACUAACAAGAGGAUGCGGGGGAUCUACGAGGCGAUUCAUGGCAUCUUGCUCCGGUGUCGCAGGAGCUAACGGGGCAUUUGCAUGGGCUCCGAGCUAGUUCAAGAUGGCUGGGGUCGGUUGCAUCCACUGCACUGGUAUCCGUGCUAACUUGAUAGUAAGUCGAAGAAAUUGACAAUCGACGAAGGGCCCGGUGAGCUGCUUUCUUUUUGUAUUUCUAUGAUAGGCUGCAGAUAGCUUAGACUUCUGCAGCCGGCAACCCAAAGAAGAUCCCAAUCGCAGCUAGCAGCGAUGACGUGAAUGGCCUAGCACUGUUAGAGUAAUAUACUGCGAGAUGUGGCUUUCAAGAUUUCCCCAACCUUCAUUCAACCUUCCCCCGCUUCCAAGGCUGUUACUAGUGUUGGUAUAUAGUCUGCUUGUGGCUUGCUCACUGGCUAGUUCGCGGUUUAACUCAAGCGCUUGACCACCAGUGUUUGCACAAGCUUCCUCCCCUCCAGCAUUCGACAUCUAUAUUUCAGUACAUGCGAUCGGGAUACUGCGUGCAUUGACUACUUUCGUUUUAAUAUCGUUGCAGUUACUCUAUGCGAUCGUUUGAAAGCAGUAUCCGUCUUCAUGCUUAACCAUCCAACCGCGAAACAGGAGGAGCCGCAAGAGGGAACACAGCGCGAACCUGCGCCAACUGCGACAAAGAAACCUAAACGAUUCCAAUGCAUGCGCUGUGAGACGCGAUUUGCACGACUUGAGCACCUUCAGCGUCAUGAGAGAAUCCAUACACAAGAAAAGCCUUUCUGCUGUCAAUUAUGCGACCAUCGGUUUACUCGAAGUGAUCUUUUGAUCCGACAUGAACGUCUCUCACACAAUAAAGACGGACUGCGGAAAAAGCAGCCACGUCCUCCAAAACCGCGUAAAUCAAUGGCUAGGAAAUCAACUCCUCCCGCUACCGCAUCGCAUCCAAUUGCUCCUAUAGCUAUAAAACCAUCACCAAUGGAUGAUAGGCAGAGGACAAUGUCUCUGGGAUCCGACCCGCACUUAUAUGGCCCUGUGUAUCCAAGAAGUGAGGCCAGCAACUACCCGCUGGCUACGCUGACAAUGGUUGCUGAGCAGGUAGCUUCCAAAAUACCUGAUAAAACCGUCAAUACGCAUGCCUAUAAUGUCAAAGAAAACACAGGACUCAACCAAAGUGAGCCAGCCUGGAGACUAUCAGGGACACCAGCAGCGGACAGCCAUGCUAUAAACGUAGAUUUGAAGCAUUCCAUAGACGCGCUAGCCACCUUUCUAGAUGAUGGGGCACACCAUCCUUAUCAGUUUUCACCGUUCGUGAGCGUGGAGCAACCGGUACCGUUUUCCUGGCUGGAAUCAACUAGUCACCCAGAUGGCCCUGAUGCAAAUAUUCGACCGUCCCCCACUGUUCAUUACAAAUCGAAUGCCGACCAGGCAGGUUCAUUCGCCCGUUUUGAUCCACACUUUUCGCCUGCCCUGACAGAAAAACAGAAAUAUCAGACUGAACAUACAAUUCCACAGCGAAAACCCUUGUCCGAGGUGUCAUCCGAUGACAGACGGUCUAUAUUGUCCAGGUUAGAAGAAUAUUACUCAGUAAUACCUGCAGGGUUUCAGUUACCUUCUCGUCUCGCUCUGUCACGAUACAUCGCUAGGUAUAUUAGCGGCUUCCACGAACAUCUUCCGUUCUUGCAUAUCUCCACAAUGUCGAUCAGCAGUUGCGCAGUAGAGCUUAUUCUCGCUAUGGCCGCUGCGGGGGCGCAGUAUUGUUUUGAAGAUGAAAAGGCCGCCGGGUUGUUUUAUGCUAGCAAGGAAAUUGCUAUGGAGCGCAUAGGACGUAGAGGUGUUAAUCCUGCGGCAAACCAGCGAAACGCAAAGUCAGGGUUAGCUUCUUCAGUCGGAGGCACGGAUAACGAUACAGUGCCACGCCCGCAUCAAUACCAUGUUAUACACAAAAGACAUGGUGUACCUCCCGAAUCAGCCCUGUCGCCACUGGUAACUCAAGACCAGCAUCUGAUCCAACAAACCCAGGCUCUUCUAAUAUUAAUGGCUCUAGCGACACGGGCAAAGGGCAAAGACAUACUCCGAGAAGCUGUUGCCUUACAGAGCGUGCUAUGUACCCUCGUCCUUAAAGACGGUCUCCACAGCCAGCCUGCGCCUCAUGAUAUCUCCUGGAAUGAUUGGAUAGAGCUCGAAUGCAUAAAACGGACGAAAUUCGUCACCUAUUGUUGUUUGAACCUCCAUUCCAUAGUGUAUAACAUCCCCUCCCCCAUUCUUAAUUCUGAACUCAAUCUUUAUCUGCCAUGCAGCGCAGCCGAGUUUGAAGCCCCAAACCGGCAUAAGUGGUUGGAGGCGAGGGCCAAAGCAAGCCCUCAAAUAAACUUCCAGGAAGCUCUGAAUCGCCUGUUCUCGCAUGGCGGAAACGAAAUCACGGAAUGCAAUUCAGCCUUGGGUAACUAUAUUUUGAUCCAUGCGAUAAUCCAAUAUGUAUUUUUUCUCCGCCAUUUUUCUCGUGGUAGAUUCGAUGGUAAUCGCGAUGUCGCGCCAGAGGACGUAGCUGCAACCGAGCAAGCACUACGGAAUUGGCAAAUAGGCUGGAAGCGUAAUCCUCAAUUAUCCCUUGAUCCACACGAUCCAGAUGGCCCGGUAGCGUUCAACUCAAUUGCGCUUUUACGUCUUGCUUAUAUCAGGUUGAACAUCGAUGCAGGCCCCGGAAUGUUGCUUGACACUCGAGAUCCAGUCCUGAUAACUAGGACUUUCCGCGCAAACCCGCGGGUCAAACGCACGCCGAAACUCGUUCGCGCCGUUCUACAUUCAGCCCAAGCGCUAAGUAUUCCGGUGAAAAUCGGCAUUCGGCUCGUGGCGCAAAGGCAGAUGUUUGUCUGGUCCAUUCAACACUCACUAUGCUCCUUGGAAUGUGCUUUGUUACUUAGCAGAUGGCUGGAGGCGCUAUCACAGCCCAAUCCAGAACCGCCAGUGUCAGAAGACGAGCGGCGGAUCGGCACUUUGUUGAAGGUGAUGCUGGACGAGACGGAGUUUGCUAUCGCACCGAACCUGCCUCUAGGAUCCCCGGCCAUGAUCAGGCAGAUGAAUGCGGGGGUGUUGCGGGUGUGGGCGAAAAUUUUCAAGGGUGCGCAGAGUUGGGCUAUCCUUGAUAUCAUUGGGGACUCGCUGAAUUUGUAUGCAGAUAUGCUCGAGGAGGGCUAAUUCGGUGCCCUUUUGGGGGGCUUGAUAGCAGAUGUGAGGGAAGCGGGCUCAUGUUGGAGAAUUAUAAGACCGCAUUUGUGCUCGGGUGAAGCCCUGUCUCAUUCUUAUCAAUAAGUAUUGUUAUACCAAUAAUUUCCUAGAACCAUAGCGCCAUGAGACCAAUAAAUCUAUUCAAAUAGUAGAUUCUCAGAGACACUGUCGUUUUGCUAUACGAGGUUGAUACUCUCAAGCAAGUAUUAUAAAAGUCACGGCCACCACGUUUAUAUGACCCACUAGUGAGCGGCUGACGACAACGGAAAUUUAAUUUUACGUGGAAACAAUGCAGAGUAACGUAUGUGGUUUGGUGCG